AAACAAGAAACCAGUGUCACUUCAUCCCCUUCCUAAUAUCAGCCAACAACAAAAGCAAAACGCUUACUACAGCAGCUUUCUUGAUUUUUUUUGUCUUUUCUUCUUUUCAAUUCUUCGUUUUUCUAGUAUGAAUGUAUAAGUUUUCAGGCAUAAUGUUGGGUUUUUAUCGAGUUUCUAUGAUGCAGAAGCUGUCAAUGUUGCUGUUUUUUGUUCUUUUUUACAGUAUAACGAGUUCUGCAGAUCUGAACUCCGACCGGGAUGCUUUACUGGCGUUACGCGCCGCCGUGGGUGGUCGUACUAUGUUAUGGAAUGUUUCUAAUGCAACCCCAUGUAAUUGGGCUGGUGUUUUAUGUGAGAAUAACCGUGUUACUGUUCUCCGGUUACCGGCGGCGUCACUUUCCGGUGAGAUUCCGGUGAAUACCAUUUCGAAUCUUACUCGAGUUAAGACGCUUAGUCUACGUUUUAACCGGCUUUCGGGUUCUCUUCCUUCUGAUAUUUCUCAACUUGUUGAGCUUCGUAAUCUUUACCUUCAGGAUAACGAAUUUGUUGGUUCUAUACCUUCUUCGUUUUUCACGCUUCAUUUAAUGGUUCGUUUAGAUCUUUCUAAUAACAAUUUUUCUGGAGAAAUACCUUCUGGGUUUAACAAUUUGACUCGUUUGAGGACACUUUUGCUUGAAAACAACCAGUUUUCUGGGUCUAUUCCGGAGUUAAAGCUUUCGAAGCUUGAACAAUUUGAUGUCUCUGGUAAUAGCUUAAAUGGGUCUAUUCCGAAGAGUCUUGAAGGAAUGCCUGCUGGUGCUUUUGGUGGGAAUUCACUUUGUGGGAAGCCGCUUGAGGUUUGUCCUGGGGAAGCGACUCAGCCUGCUAUAGCUACUGGUGGGAUUGAAAUUGGGAAUGCGCAUAAGAAAAAGAAGUUGUCUGGUGGUGCAAUUGCUGGCAUUGUUGUUGGAUCUGUACUGGGAUUCCUUCUUCUGUUGUUGAUUUUGUUUGUAUUGUGUAGAAAGAGGUCUGGUAACAAUGCGAGGUCUGUUGAUGUAGCUACAUAUAAGCAUCCGGAAACAGAACUUUCUGCGGAGAAGUCCAAUGUGGACGCUGAAAAUGGUGGUGGUGGAAAUAAUGGGUAUUCAGUGGCGGCAGCUGCUGCUGCUGCAAUGACGGCUACUGGAAAGGGAGGAGAGAUCGGCGGAAAUGGCAUUAAAAAGCUGAUCUUUUUCGGGUCUGAUAGAUCGUUUGAUUUGGAGGAUUUGUUGAGAGCUUCAGCUGAGGUUUUAGGGAAGGGGACGUUUGGAACAGCUUACAAGGCGGUGUUGGAGAUGGGCACAGUUGUAGCUGUUAAGAGAUUGAAGGAUGUAACUAUAUCUGAUAUGGAGUUCCGGGAGAAAAUCGAUAAAGUUGGACAAAUGAAUCAUGAGAAUUUGGUUCCUCUUAGGGCAUAUUAUUACAGCAGGGAGGAAAAGCUUCUUGUCUAUGACUACAUGCCAAUGGGAAGCUUGUCUGCACUUCUUCAUGGAAAUAAGGGGGCUGGCAAGACUCCACUGGAUUGGCAAGUCAGGUCAGGCAUUGCCCUUGGCACUGCUCGGGGCAUUGAAUACCUGCACUCUCAAGGUUCAAACGUCCAUGGGAACAUUAAAUCAUCCAAUGUUCUUCUCACCAAAUCAUAUGAUGCACGAGUGUCAGAUUUUGGCCUAGCCCAGCUGGUUGGACCUCCAACUUCCCCAACUCGAGUUGCUGGAUAUCGUGCUCCAGAGGUAACCGACCCACGCAGAGUUUCCCAAAAGGCAGAUGUAUAUAGCUUUGGUGUAUUGCUUCUGGAGCUUCUUACUGGGAAGGCACCCACUCAUGCCCUCCUGAAUGAGGAAGGUGUUGACUUGCCAAGAUGGGUGCAGUCCAUCGUUCAAGACCAAUGGACUUCACAAGUUUUUGAUAUCGAGCUCCUCAGGUACCAGAGUGUUGAGGAAGAAAUGGUGCAACUCUUGCAGCUCGCAAUAGAUUGCUCGACUCAAUAUCCCGACCACAGACCUUCUAUGUCUGCUGUCGUUGAGCGAAUUCAAGAGCUCUGUCUCUCAAGCUUGCGGGUUACUCAAGAACAGUCUGACUCUGUCAAUGAAUCUGAUUGAGGUGGUCCUUAGUCCUUUUACAUGUGCAGUACUUGAACUAAAGAAGCACCAUCACCAAUUUACAGAACCCCAUUUAAGCAUAUUAAACUUUAAUGCUUUCUGUUGGUUAGUAGGGCCUAUCUUCUUUCAUUUAAAUUUUAACAAUUUAUGCCCCUUUCUUUUUUUCUCAGUUCUCCAUUGUAGUUGAGCUAGAGCCCUUUUCAUUUUCCUUUGUGUGGGGGGCCAUUCUCUGUACCAUUUGUUCUUGUUGGGUGGAUAAUGGUUGCUGUAAUUAUUACUUUCAGCCUUUA